AUGAACCCCGCGGUCUACGUCGGGCUCUUCAUGAUCGGGGCGGCCAUCGCUGCGGCGCUGCCGAGGCCCCUGCAGGAGGACAGAAGGGCCACCAACGAGUACAGGAAGCAGAAGCGCAGCAGCGUCUCCUCGGCGUCGUCGAAGAAGAAGGCUGGAGGGACGAAGCGGCCGUAG